AUGAAUUGUGGCAGCGUUACUUGAUAUAUCUAACGCAACAAAAUAUCCUUCAAUCGAUUUUUACUAUGGCUUCAAAGUUUCACUCUCGUGUAUCUGUCUCGUUUGAAAUAUCAUACCAGUAAUAUGAAGUUUUCUGAAAGGUCUCUGUUAAUACAAACCGAAGAUGUGAAGUUCAGAACAGCUGGACAUGACAAAUUAUCCCUUAUUUCUGCAAUUGUUUGUAUUAUUGAUGUUUUUGGUGUGUUUCCUAUAGUAGCGUUGCCUAAGGCUAUAAUCGACUGUGGAUAUUAUGGUAUUAUACUCAUCAUAGUCGUAAGUUCUGUACAAAUAUACACUGCAAUAUUACUCGGAAGAUGUUGGUUGAUAGCUGAAGAAAUCGACCCAUCCAUAAAUACCAAAAGCCGAUACCCCUAUUCGGCAUUAAGUGAAUUCACAUAUGGAAAAACAAUAGGCAAAUUAGUGACUAUUCUGGUUGAUGUAACAGUUUUCGGUGGAGGCAUACCUAACUUGAUAGUUGCAUCCCAAAAUAUGCAAUUGAUAGGGUUGAGACUAACGAAUGGUGAUAUGAAUGUCUCUUUUUGCAUCUGGAUAUUGGUGUUAGGAACUGUUCUAUGUCCUAUUUUAUGGCUGGGUAGUCCGAAGGAUAUGAAAUAUCUCUGCCUAUUGUCAGUUAGUAUUGUUUUCUCAGUAUUUUUUCUUGUGAAUGGAAGUCUAUUAUUUAAUUCUGAAAGAGAAACUAAGACGACCAAUGUUGUAGUGGUUGAGAGAUCACCUUGGGAAUCUCUGCUGAUUGCCUUCGGUAUGAUAACCUUCCAGUUUGACAUCCAUCCGAAUAUUCUGACAAUACAUGUGGAUAUGAAAAAUAAACGCAUGAUUUCCACAGCUGUUAUUAUGAGCUUUCUAGUCAGCUUGUUUAUGUUUGGUGUUACGACUAUAAAUAUGUAUCUGGCAUUUGGUCAGUCUCUGAAACCCAGUGUACUGGAAUCUCUCCCAGUAUCUAUGCUUCUUCACAUCGCUUCGAUACUGGUGGCUGUUCAACUAUGUUUGACAUCGGCAAUCAGUAAUAGCGCUCUUUACCAACACAUGGAGGAGUACCUGAAUAUUUCAAGAGAAUUCAACCACAAAAGAUGCAUCCUGAGGACUCUGCUCAUUAUUUUAGCAAUAGUGCUAGCAGAAUGCGUACCACGAUUCGACAUUGUCAUGUCUCUUAUUGGUGCCACCCUCAUCAGCCCUUUGGUUUUCAUUCUACCUCCUCUUAUCUAUCUCAAAAUACUCAAAAUUCAGGACCGACGGAAGGAGCAACUUACAUUCGAAUUGUCGAUGAAUUCUGCAGACGAUGAGGACACUGUGAGUGAACAUUCAAUGACUUCAAGCAAAAGCAUACUCACCUAUAGAACAAAAACUUCGAAUGUUCUUAAGGAACCAUCAAUUAUAAAUGUGAGAGGAAUUGAAAACUUCAUAUGUUGCAGUAUUAUUUCAACAAGUCUUUUUUGUACGAUAUGUGCUACCUACUUAAACCUAGAAGACGCUUCAAGUUUUGAAAAUUUAUCAUAUCCUUGUAUAUUAAAUAUAACGUCUGUUUUCUCAGAAGUGUGAACUAUUUUCUUUCUGAAUAAAAUCUUUGAAGCA